AUGUCAUCUGUUUAUCUUGGUGCAUCAGGUGCACCAGGUACCAAUGCAAAUCAUGGUUCGGGAAAUGAUGGUAAAAAUAAUAAGAAUUCAAAAGGUGCUGGUGGAAUUGGUGAACGUUCUGUUUACUUAAUAUCACAAAAUACACAAAUUACCAAUAGUCCUUAUAAUAAUAAUAACAAUAUUAAUUUUCUAUCAAGAGGAAAUGAAGCUUUUGGAGGUAGUAAUGGUUCUAAAAAUUCAAGUGCAUACUUAUCCCCUGGGGGUGCUUAUUGUAAUGGAUCUUCUAUUUAUGCUGCAGUAAAAGUUACUGGAGUCAACAAUAAUAAUACUAUUGCUGGUAAAGGUCAGUCCACUAAUAAUUCACCAGGAGCAGUUGUUGGUAAUUCUGGAAAUCCUGGUACUGGAAGUGCUCAUCCUAUUGGUUCAUCAGGAUCAGUUGUUAGUAAUUCUAGAAAUCCAGGUACUGGAAGUGCUCAUCCUAUUGGUUCAUCAGGAGCAAUUGUUGGUAAUUCUGGAAAUCCUGGUACUGGAAAUGCUUAUCCUACUGGUUCAUCAGGAGCAGUUGUUGGUAAUUCUGGAAAUCCUGGUACUGGAAAUGCUUAUCCUAUUGGUUCAUCAGGAGCAGUUGUUGGCAAUAAGGAUGGUCAUGUUGGUAAUCGUACUUUUUCUGAUGUUUCAUCUGGAACAAAUGUUAGUCUUAAUGAAAAUCCAGUUGGUGGAGGUACUUUUUCUAAUGGUUCAUCAGGAACUAAUGUUAAUCCUGUUACGAAACCUAGUUCUGGUAUUGCAAAAAGUAUUUAUAUGGCUCCAUCUAUUGCACACAAUUCAAAUAAUGGUGUUUUUUAUAUUGAUGUUCCUAAAGAAAUGAUUCAAAAAAAUGUACAAGGUAAUGUAUCUAACAAUGUACAUGGAAAUGUACCCAACAAUAUACAAGGUAAUGUACCCAAUAAUAUACAAGGAAAUGUACCCAAUAAUAUACAAGGAAAUGUACUUAACAAUAUACAAGGAAAUGCACCUAACAAUAUACAAGGAAAUGUACUUAACAAUGUACCCAAUAAUAUGCAAGGUAAUGUAUCCAAUAAUAUACAAGGAAAUUUAUCUAGAAAUCCACAAGAAAAUGUAUCUAACAAUUUACAAGGAAAUGUACCCAAAAAUAUACAAGGUAAUGUACCUAACAAUAUUCAGGGAAACGUAUUAAACAAUCUACAAAAUAAUUUACAAAGCAAUGUACAAAAAAAUUUAGAAAACAAUAUACCAGGUAAAAAUUAUGAUAUUAAAGAUAAAAAUCUUCAUACUACUCCAACAAUAUCUAACUUACAAAAAGAUCCAAGAGAUAAUUAUAUGAGUUUAUCUCAAAACACUACAACUAAUUUAAAAAAAAAUAAUGGUGGACAACAAAUUUAUGGUCAAAUAGAUGAUAACACCUUUUCUUCAAAUCCAUUACUUUCUGCAGAUGAAAAACAUUGUACAAAUUUAUCAACAACUAAACCUAUUAGUAAUAAAGGAGGAAAUGUACAAAAUCAUAAUGAUGAUGAAGAUAACAAUGAUGAUGAUAAUAAAUAUGUAGUAUUACCAAGUGAUAUGCCAGAUAAACAAAAAACAAAAGCUAUAAUGUAUAAUGCAUUACAUGAACCUGUCUUACAGCCAUCUACUAAUGUUUCAACAAUUAAAAAAAAGAAAAAGAAGAAAAAAAAUAAAGACAAUGUAGUUGCAGUACAUAUUAUUUAUGAAGAAGAUGCAUAA